AGGAACACAGAAUGUCAGAAACUUGGGAAGCGUUGCGGAAGAAAGCCCGAAGCACAGAAAAUUCCAUCGAUGUCAAGCUCGUCUCCCUGAAUAAAUUAACGGCUAGCUCUCAUGGCGGUUUUGACAUCGACGAGAAAACAGUUUCCUCAAGACAAACGAGCUUCAAAACAGUGACAACAGAAAUCGAAGGAUUGAUAGAGCAAUUGACAAAUAUCAAUGAUGAUAUGAAUGACGUAGCUGGUGCUCAAUCCUCGGCAUCUUGGGCUAAUAAUCCAGCCAUUCAACACACACUUCGACGACAUCGAGAAAUUCUUCGAGAUUACGGUAGUGAGUAUCGACGUGCAAGAGAUAAUGUUGAUCAGGUAUUACAGAGAGAACUCUUGUUGAGCAGUUCAAAUGAAAAUCGUAAUAAUCCUAUACUGAACAACAGGGCUCGUGGAUAUGAUAUGUAUUUGAAGGAGAAUGACCAUAUAAACGCUUGUGAUCGAUUGUUAGAUGAACAGUUAGAAAUGGCAAUGUCAACGAAAGAGAAUAUGGCCAGACAGGGAAUUAAUCUACGUGGAAUAUCAACUCGGCUUCAUCAUAUUUCAAAAAAAUAUCCUGCAAUUAACAAUUUGAUGCAAAAAAUCAAAACGAAAAAGCAGAAGAACACACUGAUCCUUGCUGCCGUCAUCUCAUCGUGCCUUAUUUUUACAAUUUUCUGGAUUAUCAAUUAAUCAGUUUCAAAUAUCAAAAAAAAACUCAAAAACUUUUUCGAACUCCGAUUUUCGUAUUUUUCGAAGAAAUUUAACAAUCGGCAGUCGUAACUUUUUAUCAAGUUUUCGAGUUGUUAUUACUUUGUGUCAAUGAAAAAUAGAAACUGAAUGAUAAGAAUAAUCGAUUUUUGUACUAUUCCCUUGUCCCUUCAUACAACGCACACCACUUUCAUUGUGAUAUUCCUCACCGUUUUUCUAAUUUUUACUUGUAAAUAAUUUUCUCGUUUUGUAAUCUUUCGAGUAUAAUGGAGUUCUUGGCUUUUUCGUUUUUUUCUCGAUGUGAAACAAUUGGGUAUACAUAUUUAUGAAUUAAAGUAUUAUUUAAAGA